CCUUUGAGAUAUUCAUAGAGUAUCAGAAAUAAAAAAAAAUGUCUUCUGCUACUGCGACUUAUAACUACGAUGUUUUUCUGAGUUUCAGAGGACCCGACACUCGCCGCAAGUUCAUCAGCUUUCUCUACAAAGAACUUGUUGGAAGGGACAUUCGAACCUUUAAAGACGACAAAGAGCUAGAGAAUGGCCAGAUGAUUUCUCCGGAGCUCAUACUCGCCAUCGAGGAUUCGAGAUUUGCCGUCGUUGUUGUCUCCGUGAACUACGCUGCGUCUUCUUGGUGUCUCGAUGAGCUCGUAAAGAUCAUGGAUAUCCAGAAGAACAAGGGUUCCAUCACCGUGAUGCCUAUCUUCUACGGCGUGAAUCCGUGUCAUUUGAGGAGGCAAAUCGGAGAUGUCGCUGAACAGUUUAAGAAGCACGAGGCAAGAGAAAAAGAUCUUGAGAAAGUGCUUAAAUGGAGGCAAGCGUUGGCCGCUUUGGCAGAUAUCUCCGGCGAUUGUUCAGGGGAAGAUGACUCGAAGCUGGUGGACGUAAUCGCUGACAAGAUAUCAAAAGAGCUGAUGAUAGUUACAAGAAUAAGCAAUGGGAGGAACCUAGUUGGGAUUGAUAAACACAUGAACGAACUUAACCGAUUGAUGGAUUUGAAUUCCAACAAAGGUAAGAGAAUGGUUGGGAUUUGGGCAAGAGGAGGAAGUUGUAGAUCGGCUCUAGCUAAAUAUGUUUAUCAGACAUCCUGUCAACACUUUGAUAGCCAUUGUUUUCUUGGAAACGUGAAACGGAUUUGUCAGGGUAACUACUUUGAAAGCCAUCUACACAAAGAGUUUCUGGAUAAUAUUCAAGGAGAAAACUCUAGCAAACAAAGUCUCAAGAAGCAAAAGGUUCUGCUUGUGGCAGACGACGUCGAUAAGCUUGAACAGUUAGAUGCUCUUGCAGGGGAUUUCAGCGGUUUUGGUCCGGGGAGUGUUGUUAUCAUCACUACAAAAGAUAAGCAGUUGUUGAUUUCUUAUGGUAUACAGCUUGUCUACGAAGCUGAGUUUUUGACAUUCCAGAAAUUUUGUCGUAGCUUCCGAUCAUUGGCCUUUAAAAAGAGAGACGACAUUUCUGCUGCGUUCGAGUGGGCUUUGUAUAUAUAAAGCAAUGAAUUUUGCCACGGAAUGUUUUAGCUCUCAAAGUAGAAGAUCUGGUUAUGAGAAAGUGUUGGAAUCAGUUUAAUAAGUUAGAUCCCUUGAGUCAUAUGCAUUAAGUUAACUAAACUUAAUAAGUUGUGUGGCUUUCAAAUAAGGUUGUUUUGUCUAUUUUUGGAGUGGGUUCUCUUGGGGUGUAUAAAAAUGUCACUCUUCAUUGGAUUAAAUAAUAUACAAAUUUUUUUUGUUAUAAUCAAAU